AUGAAUGAAUUGAAUAAAGAUAUUAAACAGGAGAUAGACGCCAUCAAAACGGUUAUGGAUGAGGGUGAUAGCAAACCUUUGAAAAUGGAUGCUUCUGGGUCAAAGCUAUGUGACGAAAUAUCGGUUUUGAAGCGUGAAAUGAACAGAUCUUCUUUUUCGGAAGUUGUCAAAUCUGAAAUUUUCGAGGUAAAAGAGAUGGAAGCCAACAUGAUACUGUUCGGAUUGAAGGAAGGUUCUGAUGAUGGUGACAAGGUCCAUAAAAUAAUUAACUAUUUAACUGAUGGAGUUUUUGGUCUUAAAAAUGUCUUGAAGGUGAUAAGUGUUUAUAUUCUGACAAACGUUCAGGUUAUAGGAGGAAUUUAA